CUCACAAUAGUAGAGAAAAGCAGUGGAGACAGAUUCUGCAUUACACCAACUGGUCAUCCAAUGAUCAUCAAGUCUCUUUGUCUGGUUUUGCGGUGUCUGUUACUGACUAACACACAGAGAUCAGACACUGAAAUACUUUAAUAACCUUACUGCUAAUUUUUAUUAUUCCCUUAACACCUUCAUCAAUAUGAAGAUGAUCUCUUUACUCUUCAUCAUCUCUUUAUCCAUUAACGGUGUGUUUGGUGAUGAAGUGAAGUCAGUGUCAGUGAUGGAGGGAGAUUCUGUUACUCUACACACUGAUAUCACUGAACUACAGAGAGAUGAUGUAUUACAUUGGUGGUUUGAUAAAGACAAUCUCAUAGCUCAAAUAAACAAUGAGUCCAAUUUGAUUUUAAUAUUGGAGGUUCCUGAUGGGAGAUUCAGAGACAGACUGCAGGUGAAUAAUCAGACUGGAGAUCUCACCAUCACAAACAUCACAACUCAACACACUGGAGAUUAUAAACUAGAGAUCAAUGGAGAGUCUACAGGACAGACAUUCAGUGUUAGUGUAAUUCAUGUUUAUACAGAUGAGAUGAAUUCAGUGUCAGUGAUGGAGGGAGAUUCUGUUACUCUAAACACUGAUGUUCUUGAUAUUAAGAAAUAUGAUGAGAUACGGUGGAGGUUUCAACAUGAACGCUCUCCUCUAGCUGUACUCAACAGAAAAACUGCUUUCUUCUCUACAUAUGAUGAUGUUCAUGAUGGGAGAUUUAAAGGAAGACUGCAGCUGAAUGUUCAGACUGGAUCUCUCACCAUCACAAACAUCAGAAUCAAACAUGCUGGACUUUAUGAAGUAGAUAUCAGCAACAGCAGGUCACACACCAUACAUCAGUCAAUCACAGUUACUGUCAGCGGUAAAGUGACGACUGCGUCAGUGAUAAAGGGAGGAUCGGUCACUUUAAAGACUAAUACUGAAAUACAGAGCUAUGAUCUGAUACAGUGGAUGUUUGUACCUGAUGAUGACACACGGAUAGCUGAAAUAUAUAAAUCAGACAAUACAUUUGCGGUAUAUGAUGGGGCUGAUGGGAGAUUCAGAGACAGAUUGAUACUUAAUAAACAAAACGGAGAUCUUACCAUCACAGACAUCAGAAUUGAAGAUGCUGGACUUUAUGAACUGAAGAUGAGCAGCAAUAGACGAUCCAUUCAGAGAAGAUUCAGUGUUAAUGUCAGUGAACGAGGUCUGUCUUCAUAUGUUAUAGUUGGAUUAUGUCUUGGUGUCCUCCUGAUUAGUGUUGCUUUAACAGCUGGUGUGUUUUACUGUCGCCAGAGAUUCCCUAAAGCAACAAUAAGAAAAGUGAUGGUGGGACGUUCUGUUCGUCUGAAGACUGAUGUUGAUAACAUAGAGACAGAUGAUGUCGUAGAGUGGAGGUUUAAGCCUGGUCCCUUUCGAAACACUGUAAUAGCUAAAAUCCAGAGGAACAACCUAACCGCUGUUAGUGAUGAGAGAUUGUGCAGGAAUAUGACACUGAACAAAAGGACCGGAUCUCUCUACAUCACAGACAUCACAGCGGAUCACUCUGGAUCUUACGAACUAAAAAUCACCAGUGGUGUAAUAACAUCAUACAAGAGAUUCAAAGUCAUCGUCUAUGAUUUCAUCCCACCGAAAGAUUUAUUGGAGAUAAGCUUUCCUUUGAUGAGUAAAUGGAGUCGGACAGCAGCAGAGUAACACAAACAACAACGUUACAACAUCAGCGUGAUAUACAGUAUCACUUAUAUGAACAAUGAAAAACUUUCUUUGGCCGGCUGAAUGAACAUAAUUGUGAACUGAAAUUAAGACUCUAGUCUGGGCAAUUAGUAAGGGCUAAUCAUCAGUCUUACUAUUUGGAAUUAAAUGAUAAACCAAUCUAUAUUAGUUAACAUGCUUAAAACACUAAAGAUCAGUCUUGAAGAAACGUUUAGUCUUAGCGACCGUAAACUGAUCUGGUAUAAAAUAGAAACUUUUAGAUUAUUAUGAAAUGAGGUAAAGAUUUGCAAUAACUCUUUAUUUUAUGUUUAACCUUUAAUGUAAACGUAAGAUUUAAUUUCUAUGUGUAGAUGAAGAUGAAGUGUGCACUGCAUUUAAUAUUUCACUUAUAUCUUCAACAGUAUAUUUAAAUAUAUAAGCUUACAUUUCUUGUGAAAUAUAUAAAUAAUAUAUAAGCAAAUAUCUUUUUUUUCUUUUUUCUUUUGGUCGAUGUUUAAUCUUGAGGUUAUAAAACAUUAUAUUUCUCUCCAAAUGUUUACUGUUUACUUACAGUCUACUGUAAAAUAAUUUGAAUUUCUUUUUAGGUCCUGUUUUAAAUUUUAAUUAGUAUAAAAACCUAAAUGUACUGGUGACGCAUGAGCAAUUUUAGUCUAGCAAGUAUAAGUACUUUACCCCAAUGCACAAAAUUGUAAACAUAAAAACAUGAAACACUUACAAUUGCAAUGUUUGCUGUCCACAUGCAAAGCAUUUUAGUUUUUUAUUUGGGACACAACGGGGUGGUUUCCCGGACAGGGAUUAGUUUAAUCCAGGACUAGUCCUUAGUUUAAUUAGGAAAUAUAACUCAUUUUAACAAACAUGCCUUACUAAAAACAUUAUUUCUGUGCAUUUUGAGGCAAAACAAAGAGUAAUGUAUUUCAAAAUAUGUCUCUGCAAGUUGUUUUCGGUUUGGACAGCUGUUAAUUUUUUUUAGUACAGGACUAGUCUAAUCCCUGUCCGGGAAACCGCCCCUACAUGGAGUAAAAUAAAUGUGAACAUCAAAUGCACUAUAAGUCUUUUGAGAUGAAAUGUAUAAAUGUAAAUGUGUUCAUACUGUGUGUGCUAUAGGUUAUAAUAAACUGAUUCACUGUG